AAGUAGUAAAAAAAAAUCAAAUGGAUCUCAACAAAGACGAUCAACCGGGUGUUUCAAAAGAAUCUAGCCCGAAUUCCGAACCGAAUAGCUCUUUAAAUGGUAAAUCGGAAACUAAGAAGAUCGUUGCAUCUAAAAAGACUGAUAAAUUACCCCCGCUACUCAAAUCCAGAUUAAAAAAUACGGUGGAGGAGGUUGCUAACCUAUUAUCGCCCAUUAACAUUGUCGACGAUAAUCGAAUAACAAUCAGGAAUUUAUCACAUCGUGUGAAUCAAGAUCAUUUAAACGAAAUUUUUGGAAAGUAUGGGCCAAUCGCAAAUAUUGACUUAAAGGAAGAAUUUGCUGUGAUAGAAUACGAGACAUUUGAAAAUUCUCAAGAAGCAAUAAAAAAGAUGGAUCAGGGAUUUAUCGACAGUAAACAGAUUCUAGUUGAACCGUAUUCCAGCGAAAAACAAGAAGAAAUUGUUUUAAAUCUAUAG